GUCGACAGUUCGCCGCUUUAUUUCCACUUUUUUUCCAUGAAGGCCCCAGAGACGCCGCCAAGCGCCCCCUGAGGCAUUAGCUCAAUUAUUGCAAGGUGGGGCCCGCUGAAAUUAGACGGGGACGGCGCGCGACUCCCCCUCGCCAGGUGUGUUCACGCAGUCUGCACACCUAUGGACUAUGGUACCGAGUACCGACUCUACCUGUAUGCGAUCUGAAUCAUUCGCGGUACCUCGUAUAAACCGGACAGCUGAUUUUCGGAAAAAAAAACCGCGUUAUAUAUCUAUAGUAUAAUUACACAAUUUUUAUGGAUGGAUUUAUCUAGUGCCCUCUACGAAAUGACUUCCCGGCGUUACAAUCCUACGUGAUGUGUCGUUAAUUUUUUAACAGAGUGCUCCGAAUGAUACCAUUGAAAAUCUCAGUGCUUAAUGUUAAUAACAUAGAGUGGUUUUGGGGGUGGUAGCGUGACCUAAUGUGAAACAAAACCUAAAUAAGAAGUGCCAGUGCGAUUUGUUAAAAUUUCAGGACUCAGUUUUGGAUACCAGUGAACCAGUUUUCAUUUCAAACAUGGCCUACAUCGUUUGGAGGGUGCUGAUGAAAAAAUACUCGAGGGUUCGUCUGGAAAUUCGACGGCAUCCUAGCAUACUUAUUGCACCCAACAAAACCGCGGCAGCGAAAAAAUGUCCUGAUGAUGCGUGGACCGAAUCAACAAAAUCGGAACCACCUGAAAAUGAUGAAGCAGCAACAAAUGAUGUCGAAAUGGGCCUCCGGAAAUCAGUAGACGCAAAUCCUGGGCACAUUGAAGUGCGUAGAAGCAAGUCACGUGUACGAUCCUACCUGAAAAAGUGCAAGGACAAAUUGACGGGCCAGCAGCAUUCACAAGGCAACACGACAUGCCAAAAUCCCGAUUGUUGCAAUGUGCCAUCGACUUCACAUGCUAGCAGUGCUACGUCCUCAUGGUAUGUGGAGGAUGCGGAACCUCCCGAUAUCACCAAGCCAGAUGAUUCCGGAGGAGGUGGGAGCAAUGAAAUGAAGCCGAAAAGUGAGCCAAUUUUAUCGGUGAAGGACGAGUCGGCCAGUGGAUUAAAUGCUGAUGUGGAUAAUGGAAUAGCUGAAAAGGCAUCUUUAACGAAAGUUCCUAUUAUGGAUACCGGAUUGGAAAGUUUACUAGACAGAUAUCUUGAAGCAGUUUAUCCUCUCUACUACGAGAAAACGAAACGGGUUUUGUUAAGGCAAGCACGUGACAUACUAGUAUGCACUUAUCAUGGGUGCUUGAAGAGUUUUGAGGAGCAAUUUUUGGCACCACUGGCGGAAAUGUUAAUAAGGAUUAGAGAGGAACAUGAAAUUGGACAGGAUACGAUUUGGUGUAAAGGAUGGCCACUGGCCCUAUCUUCAGGCGCUGUUGUGCUCCACUUGGGAAUGAUAGAUGAAUCUUCUGUACGAAAUCACGAUCUUUACUUAUGCGCAAGGCCAGCUGAAAAUUCAAAACCAGAAUUGUGUAUAGCUUGGCGUUCGCCACCCAAGCCAGAUAUCACCUGUCGGAUACUCGAUCCAACUUCAACAUCGUUUAGUCCUUUCAGCAUAGAAAUGCUUGCGGACGAGCUUCCUCAACUUCUACAAAAUUUACUGGUCAGUGUGGAACGCGUUAUUGGACGUGUCCCACUUAAUGACCUUUCAUAUCCCUCAACUCUAGAUAAUUUGGGAAAUAGUGCAAAUACUUCAAACGGAAAUGAAGGAAUUCGUCAAAAAUCUAAUAUUGGCGAAGGUAAUGUGACUAAUUCACCGAAGUGCGUUUUGAAACGAAGUGAUUUGAUUACAAAAGGCAAAAUGAUGAACAGUAAAUAUAUUUUGAGACGGUUCUCGACUAAAUUUGAAACGAGCGCGUGUGAAAGUGCCUCAGCAGAUGCGAAAAAUCUACCUACGCCUGGUCAACCGGUGUUUUGUUUGGGCGGGUCUUUUCCGCAUAUUGAUAGCGAUGAGGAGAAUCCGGAGGAGAGGAAAUCAAGUAAUACAGAAAAUCAACAACAACAGCAACCAGAACAACUGCCACACGAAAUAUCAGCUCCACGAUCUAUACUGGAGGUGCCUGAGAAACUUCUGUCGUCCGGGAUCCACCUUCCAGGCACUCGAGAUCUAAAAGGAAGACCAAUCAUAACUAUCGAAGCCAGUAAUGUGACCGAAGCCGGACUUAACUGUUAUGAAGUGGCUACCGUCUUGCUUUACUACAGUACAAUACCUGAAAGGUCAUCACCUUUCACCAUACUAAUUAUCUCCUCGUCAAAUAGCGACCUCAAUGCCUUGGACUUAGUAUGCAAUAGUCUGAAACUUAUAGUUGGACACUUUCAUGCCGAUGAAAUUCUAGUUACAUCUUUAAAUGCGAACUGCGUUAGCAAAACUGUCAAUGAACCUAAGGUGAAAUUCCUACAAAUCGACCAGUUUCCACAGUAUAUAUCAAAAGCCCACACCCCUAAACAAUGUAGUGGAUCCCAUUUACACGAUCAGAACAAAUGGCGUGAACUAUUCGUAACGAUCGACCCAUUCCAAAGCCAAUGCCUAACCACCGGUCAACGCCUGGUGUCAGCUUUAAGUGAUGUCCGCAACAGCGAUUUGCAAGGACUGCCUUCUCGACGGCAGCUCUAUUCACAGCACAGGGCCUUAAGUCGUGCUCUCAUGGACACAGAUCUGAUCUACUUGAGAAAACGUGGCGCAUCAACAGUUAGCCGAUUACAAGAUUUAGCCAAAAACCUCAAUAGGACGCAUACCAAAUCGAGCCUAGCCGAAGACAAGGAUCAAGCAGUAUUCGAAAAUACAGAUGUAAUUAAUCGCAUUAAAAAAGUCAUAUUUCUAUUCAAUGAAGUCGACAGAGCGGCCAAACGAUUGGAACAACUCACAGAGCAGCGUCGCGAACGUCUUCGAGAGUUGACUCGUCAAAAAGCCCUUGAAGAUGAAAUGAAUGAGGUCUCGGCUUGGAUACAGAAUGACGGUGAAGAGGCACUUCAGAGGUUUGCAAGUGUUCAGCUCGAGUGUGAAGAUACAAUGAAGGACCAUGAACAAGAUUUCGAUAAAUACUACUUCAUUUCAUUGAAACACUUGGCCAAAGGUAAAGAUCUACACGAUGCCGCCGUUAAUUUGGAUCCACUCAAAGAGACCGCCCUUCAACUCAAGGACUCCCUUCAGAAGUUCAGUGAAAGAUUGGAGAAGGCACGUGAACGUAUCGAAGGAGCAGCCCGUCUUCAUCACUUGAUCGGUCUCCAUCUACGCGAAGAUGAUAUCCUUCUGGAAAUGCAGAAACUCACAGAAAAAAUUGGUGUACCUGGACUCAUUGAGAAAUGCCGAAAUCGCAAGGCUGACGAUAACAAUAAAAACGCACAAACGAAGCAACACGUUCGUGUCACGGGUGGAGCGAUAGCAACGAGCACCCCGGAAAAAUCAAAACUGGAAUCAGGCGAAAGACCCUGUCACUGCUGGCGUGGCGAGGAACUUUCCCAAGGCUUUGCAUGCGAGAAAGGUGCUGAAAAUGAGGAAGAUGAGGAGGAGGACCAUUCGAAAAUUGCGGACUCCGGAUUAGGGGGAUGUGACCGAUGCGAGGGUAAUAAUGGAAAAUUAACGAGGGCGUGUUCGUGUCAAAGCUUUGAUGAUAAUGGAAAUUUGUAUGAUAAAAGUCAUAAUAUCGAUGAACUGGAAGAGGAUUGUUUUGAGAGGAAUUCAAAGCAAUUUAUGGACGUGCAGUCACCAAUGGAAGCAAACUCCCAUUUGCAGUGUCACGCUUCGAGCUUAGAACUAUCACAGAUUGAAGAACUAAGUGGUUUGGAUACCAAAGUUCAGAAGACGCUUCUAUUUAUCAUGAGAGAAAUGAUUGUAACUGAACGAGACUAUGUACGAUCACUAUAUUACGUGAUCGAUAAUUACAUGGACGAAUUGCUACGCGAUGAUAUACCACAAGCAUUGCGAGGGCAACGAAAUGUAAUAUUCGGAAAUAUUGAGAAAAUUUUUGAAUUUCACCAACCACACUUCCUGGCCGAAUUGGAACGUUGUGAAAAUAAUCCAUUGAAAGUCGGUGCAGCUUUCCUUGCAAACGAGUCAAAAUUCUACCUUUACGCUUUGUACAAUAAAAAUAAACCAAAAAGUGAUACGCUUAUGAGUGAAUAUGGGACGGCAUUCUUUAAGUCGAAACAACUUGAAUUGAACGAUAAAAUGGAUUUAGCCUCGUACCUGCUGAAGCCUGUGCAGCGAAUGGGGAAGUACGCCCUGCUAUUGCAGCAGUUGGUCAAAGCUUGUAGUGGAGUACAAGUACGAACUCACCCCUUCAUUACCUCCGAACAUGUUCCUCAUAUCCCUUCAAUAUUUCAGGGCCCCGCACUUCAAGAUAUCCAAGCCGACGUUGAAGAGCUUCAACGAGCCGAAGAAAUGGUCAAAUUCCAACUAAGACAUGGAAACGAUUUACUAGCCAUGGACUCACUCCGCGAUUGUGAUGUGAACGUCAAGGAGCAAGGACGUUUGCUACGACAAAAUGAAUUUCUUGUUUGGCAAGGACGCGGCGGGAAGAAGUGUUUGCGCCAGGUUUUCCUAUUCGAAGACCUUGUUCUAUUUAGUAAAGCCAGAAGAUUUCCAGACCAUAAGAAUCUUGAUAUCUACAUCUAUAAGAACAGUAUCAAAACAUCAGAUAUUGGUUUAACCGCGCAUGUUGGCGAUGCAAAAACUAAAUUUGAAAUUUGGUUUAGAAAAAGGAAGCCAGAUGAUACGUGGACUCUGCAAAGUAUGUCGGAAGAUAUUAAGAAUAUUUGGACAGAGGAAAUAUCCAAGUUGUUAUGGAAGCAGGCGAAAAGAAAUCGAGAAAUUCGUCUAGCUGAGAUGUCAUCAAUGGGUAUCGGUAACAAACCCUGCUUAGACAUCAGACCAAGUCACAACCAAAUCAACGACCGUUCAAUUACCUUCUCCCAACUUGGACAAACCCCGAAACUACGCAACUCAUAUACCGGUAGUAUAAUCGAAAAUAAGUCAAAUCGACGACCUCAUUCAAUAAUCUCAGAGAGCUCCAUGUCAUCUGGAACCAGCAGCUCAUCAGGAGCAUCUUCCGGUAAUGGAAGCAGCUUCCGAGCCAGCGGAUUAGAGCUUAUCUCAGAAGCUGGAAAUCUGCCACUCAAUAGUAGUGAUAAGAAGCACCAACGAUCAACCACGCUUGUCAGUCAGCUUUCGAUGGAAAGCGGUAUACUCUCGGACAUAUCAACAACACCUGAUGGGGAUAUGCACGAACCCUCCUGGCCUACAGCAACCACCAUCAACCGACCCAAACACCAUUCCGCAACAGCUCAUGACCUGAAAAAAUCCCAGUCAAUGCAAGAAACCCAACAGCAAUCGCAUCAAAGUCAGCACCAGCAAAAAUUCCAUUCCGAACUAAAUAUAGACGACCAUGAUCCAUACAUUGGAGACUCAAUCACCGUCCACCUAUGAAGAAAUAUCCUAGCGUACAGGACGAACAGUCCUUGAGUACUUUUACACCGAAUCCAAUCAAAAUUAAUUUCCUAAGCAUGUCGUGAAAUUAAUUGCAUUCACUCUACAACAUAAAAAAAAACACAAAUUUAAAAAAAAAAGAUAAUUAUUUUUAGGCUCUAAGUGUCUUUGAUGUGUUACGCGUACCUUAAUCCUUCAUUAUUAUUGUAAUUUGCAUCAACUCUAUCAGUUCUAAUUUAAAUGCUAAAUGCAGCCAUCAGAUGAGUAAUGUUAGUCGUUUUAUUAGAUUAAGUCAAUUAUUAUUUUAUAGAGAAAAAUGUCUUUCCAGUUUUAAAUUGUAUCCAUAAUUGUCCGAAAAAUGAUUUUCUUUUAUAUUAUUUGCCCCUCUAAAUGUAGCAUGGACAUCUUUGGGAGAAAUAGUUUAUUUAUAUUACCUUGCAUUGCGCACCCCCUCAACUCGAAUCCUUAUGCAUGAAUACAUACAUAUAUUGCCUUCAGAAGAUUUCAACGCAAAAUAGAGAAUUGAUUUAUUGAGCUUUUCUAGGACGAGACCUUAAAGUCCGAAACCGUUUCAACUAGUUUUUCUUAUACUUCAGGAAUGCGUCAAGCAGAUAUGAAUGCAUGAAUACUGUUUUUAUUUUCCCGUGAAAUAGAUAUACAAAUUUUUUAAUAAAUCGCAAUGUACUAUUUAGACGGACAGAAAUAUAUUUACAAUAAAUACGAUGUAAACCAUAACA